AUGAAGAACAGUGAAGCUAGACCUGUUGGAACAGCCCCAUUACCAGAGGCCAAUGAAGUUGAAAAGAAAAAUCCCAACGAGUGCAAUUACAUCCAGAAUGAUAAGAGAUCACAUGGCAAAGGCCGUGGUGGAUAUAGAACUGUGACAAUUACUCGAACGGCCGAGAUAGAUACUUGGCCGGCCGGAAAGGAAACCACAAUAACCGUGGUCGUGGUUCCAAUCCCGGCCGUGGCCGAGGUGGUUAUGGACGAGGUCGAGGCGGAAAGUAUUAAGGACAAGAACCCGGAGGCUCAUAUGGUCCAUGAUUCCGGAUAUGAGGUUGAUAGAGAAUCUGAUGUUGCAAAUGACGACCUGAUGGAUUUUGAGACUUAUGAUUGUCUCAAAGACUAA